AUGCCUUCGCCAUUUGAUGAAUCUCCACCUUCUCUCGCACUCAAUUCGCACUUCCUUGAGAACGAUCACGACCACCCCUCUUCCUCUUUUGACGAGCCCUCCUCCGACGGUGACACCGCAUCACAGCGUUCGAUUACGCUGUCUUCCGCCCCGCCUUCCCCACGCUCCGCUGCGCCCGCCCUUGCGGACCUCGCCGAGGUGCAGCCCCCGCCUACAACUAUCACGCCCGUCACGCUUGUCCGCCAGAACCUCUCAUUCAGCAAACGCAACACGAUGGAUACGGACGUCAGUUCCGACGUGGACCCGGACGACCGCAGCUUCUUCACGCGCCGCCUGGACGAGGGCGAGUCACCCAUAUCAAGUAUCGCGCCGUCCGUGAGUGAGAACGAGAAGAUUGGGCCUCUACGGACGCCCUCGUCAGCGGGUAUCCUGUCGAGGAGCGAUGCAGAUAGUAUCCUUUCUGCUGGCUCGGAGUCGACGUCAUAUUCGAGGAAGGCGCGCCCGGAGUCAUUGAUCGUUCAGCCUUCGAAGGGUCCGUUGGUACUCGGGAUUGCGCUCGUAGACUUCGACCAUCUGGUUGGGCCGAAGAUCGAGUUUUCACGGGGAAGCAUAUUCAAUGACGAGGAGAUCGUGAAGAUUAUGCCAUUUCUCGCUUUGCCCGAUGGGGCACAUAUGUCGACUGAGGAUUAUUCGUACUUUCACCUUGUUCCCUCGUCACCAAAUCCGAAGACGAUAUUCGGUAUUUCCUGUAAUCGACAGAUUCAGACGUCGGAGUUACUCGUGAAGGACGCGGACGUGACACGAUCGACGGUGCAGAAGGCGGUAGUGGUGUUAGCGUCAGAACCUGUGUUCGGUCUCAUUCGAGACCGUCUUGGUGUAAUAACGCGCGCACUCUUUGCACAGCGUGAUUUCUCGGAAACAAGUAUCCUCGAUGCGUUCUACACGUCGCUGGAGCACUCCCUCCGCACUCAGCUUACGGAGAGUGGGCUGUACAUGGGAACUAGCUUACGAGAGUUAGUCCACACCUUUCGACAACGGACGUUGGUCCUUUUGAAAGCGCUGAUGCUCCAAAAGAAGAUCAUGUUUUUCGGCCAUCCAGUGGAAAAGUUGUGCACGCACCAAUAUUCGCUCGUCACACUUGUUCCUGGUCUGCUGCAAAAUCUUGUAGAUUGCGGCUCCCCGCCGCUCGCGACCCGUGCACAGACUCUUUCUCGUCCUACAUCUCUGCGCACGUCGGACCCAAAAAGUAUGAUGGCAUAUGUUGGGCUGCCGCUCGACCUCUUCGGCAAAGACGCCUUCUUCCAGCCGUAUCUUCCUCUGCAACAGCUCGACAUGCUAAGGGACACGGAGAGCUGGUUGUGCGGGAGCACGAACUCGAUCGUCGCGCAACAGAAGGCGGUGGAUAUCCUCGUGAACAUAGAAAACGGAACGAUGGAGUUUCAUGAUCCGAAAUUGGAGCGCUCUGCUGGACUCACUCCUGCUGACAGGAAGUGGAUGGACGAUAUCGUGCGGGAUGUUAACGAGACUUAUGAUGAGGACCCGUCAAGACCAUUGGGCAUGCAUUUCAAGGGCAGCGAUGAUUAUCUGCGGCAGAAGUUUGACGAGUACAUCAACGGUGCACUUGCCUCGGUCAAGUAUUCUGCGUUCUUGGCGAAGGGGAGGAGUGCUGGCGUCAUAAUCAGCGAUGGCUCAGUAGACCCGAACUCAGUACAGGACUUCAAUGCACUAUGGAUACAGGAGUUCAAGAAGACCAACGCGUACGAGGUGUGGGAGCGUGUCACGGAUCCCCUCUUGUUUGAUAUCGUUGAAGCACGGCAUCCAUGUAGCGACAAGCCGUCCGUUGUAGCCGACCUUGGCCUUCGUCUCUCUGAAGGUAUCCAGGAGCUGAAGAUCGAGCAGCAACUAGCACCCACGCGUGAAGCCAUUUCACGCACGUUUACAGCUGCGGUGGAGGGGGUUCGCGGUCGCUGGCUCCCGCGCAACCCGAGCUCCAGCACGAGCGUCAGUGCUGCUACCGCCUCAUCUCCAUCUGCCACAUCCACGAAUACUUCAACUAGCACAUCUAGCAGUAUCGUCGAGGUGAGCAAGACGGAUGCGCAACCCGACAGUACGCCGGGUUCUCGGCGAGGUUCGGUUGAUCGUCGCGCCUCAGAGACUCUCCCAAACGGUCUGCGCCCGCUGAGCAUGACAGCCAAUCGUACGCCCCCACCUCCUCCCCCGCCAGAGCCUAGCCGGUUCAGCGGCUGGGUUGGGUCGUUGUUCUCGCCGCGCUCGUCGCGGAUGUCGACGGCCUCGGCGCAGUCGACGCCUGCGGCUAUGCGCAGGGGAAGCAAUUCAACACUGGCAGAAUCGCGGAAUGCGUCCCGCGGUCCGUCGCCGUUACCUGCGAUGCUGGCGAGCAGCAGUGCAGAGAGCGCCGCAUCGCAUAAGGAGGAAGUGGUGGACGAGCACAUCGAGCCCAAGAAUUUAGACGAGGUUUAUGGUGCGGGUAGAACGCACAAGGCAACUUCCCAGCCUGUAGAUGCAGUCGGGGAGGCGCAUGGUGGCGGGGAAACCCACCCUGUUGUGGGCGACCACCAUGACGAGGGUGAUGAUGACGCGCCAGCAGGCACUGGCGUAGCGCUAUGA